AUGCUCCGAGCCUUGUACUUGAUCUUCCUUUUGGUGCUGUAUGUUUUAGGAGGCUCAGUGGUUCUAGCAAAUGAUAAGACAUUCAAGGAAGUAGUUCACGAUUCCAAUAAGUACACAUUUGUGGAGUUUUAUGCCGACUGGUGCCGCCACUGCGGUAAGCUUUCACCAGUUUUGGACACUGUUGCUAGCAUGUUUGACAAUGAACCUAACGUCCAAAUAGUUAAGGUCAAUGGUGAUAAGGAUGGUCGUAAAAUGUCAAAGAAAUACGUUCUUCAAGGCUACCCAACUAUGUUGUUCUUUCAUGGAGACAAUGAUCCAGUAGAGUAUAACGGAGGACGAGAUGAAAUCUCGAUAAGCAACUUUAUCCAACAGAUGUCCAAUAUUCGCUUGGGCGACAAAAGCGAACAAGAGGGCGAUGAAAUUUCCAAGUUGAUGCGUAUAUCGGACGAGAACAUCGAGGCUCAGGUGCUUCAUUCACCAUCCAAAACACUUGCUUUGUUCACCUCAUCCCAUUGUAAAAGCUGUACUCGCGUACGAGCCGACUUUGAGAACCUAGCCACCUGGUAUGCGAGAGACAAACAGGUAAUUCAGUUCGCCGAAAUUGAUCUCGAUAUCAACUCCGACAAAAUUCAAGAGCAGUUUUCUAUAACUUCUGCGCCAGCCAUUUUACUUUUUGAUCCCGAAUACGUCAAUGAAGAUGGAUUGAAGGCCCCGCAGUUGUAUUCUGGUCGCUUUGAUGUAUCUUCCAUCAAUAACUAUAUCAAUGGAGUAACCGGUAUCUCGCGAACGAAUGAAGGAAAGUUGACAAAUGAAGCCGGUAUUCUCACUCAACUUCGAGAAAAAGUCAAAUCUCUUAAUUCUCUGGAUGACAAAGUUGCCGCUGGAAUGUCCAUCUUGAGUGAUAUUCGAACCUUGACAGCGCAGGUGGGACCUGUGGAUACCCGCAUGCUUCCUUACUACAGACAUUUGACCAUACAAGCCAUGAAUGGAAACUACGAUCAGUUUCAAGCUGAAUUUAAACGACUUGAAACCAUUGCCGAUUCUAAUGAAGGUAUUAAACUUAUGUUAAACGUGCUUCAAGAGUUCUUGAGCUGA